UACGAGCCGAAUGCAACAUUCAAAGUGGACGAAUAUGGCUUUUUCAUAUAUUGGAAAUCUGAGGGCAAAGAGGGACAGGUGUUAGAACUAUGCCAAGUGAAUGACAUCAGAUUAGGAGGGGUACCAAAGGACCCGAGACUUCUCUAUGAACUCCAACAGCGAACCACUGGAGUACUUGAGGACUGUUCACUAACUAUAUGCAGUGGUUAUGAUAUGGUUAACAUCAACUACACUCACAUCGUCUGUCCCGACGAUCAAACUGCUAAAGAUUGGCAACAAUGGUUAAGACAAAUCACUAAUAAUAAUAAGGCCAAUAAUUUGGAUGAAAUUAGUAACUGCAAAAUUCCGGUUAAAAGUGUUGCCAAAACAUUUGCUUCGGGAAAGACUGAGAAAUUAAUUUAUCAAAUGAUGAAAGACAUAGGACUUCCUCACGAUAAGAAUGAUGUGAUUGAGCCGUCGGAGUGGACUUUUGAGAGGUUUUAUCGACUCUACCAUAAGGUUUGUCCCCGAAAUGACAUCGAAGAGCUAUUCAAUCAGAUAACUCAAGGGAAAUCUGAUUAUAUAGACCACAAGCAAUUGAUUGACUUCUUGAAUGACAAACAACGCGAUCCCCGACUCAAUGAAAUACUUUAUCCAUUUUAUGACGAGAAAAGGGCCAAAGAGAUCAUCACUACAUACGAGUCUAACCCAGAGAUCGCCAAAAACGGGUGCAUUUCACAGGACGGACUCAUUCGCUACUUGAUGUCUGACGAAAACGCACCCGUAUUUCUGGACCGACUCGACAUCUACAUGGAAAUGGAUCAACCCCUGUCCCACUAUUACUGUAAUUCUAGUCAUAAUACAUAUUUAACGGGCAGACAAUUUGGUGGCAAAUCUUCUGUAGAAAUGUAUAGACAAACAUUGAUAGCCGGGUGCAGAUGCAUCGAAUUGGACUGUUGGGAUGGAAAGGUAGAUGAGGAGCCUAUUAUAACCCACGGGAAAGCCAUGUGCACUGAUAUCCUAUUUAAAGACGUCAUCUUUGCUAUCCGUGACUGCGCUUUCGUUACAUCUGAUUAUCCGGUGAUCCUAUCCUUUGAAAAUCACUGCAGUAAGAAACAGCAGUUCAAAAUGGCCAAAUACUGCGAUGAGAUUCUCGGAGAUUUGCUGCUCAAGGAAUCCCUCGUGAACUACCCCUUAGAGCCCGGGGCCCCACUUCCCACUCCUAAUGAUCUCAAACGAAAAAUUUUGAUUAAAAACAAACGACUCAAAGCAGACGUGGAAAAGCAGGAAUUGGAGCUCUGGAAGAAGGGUCAGCUCCAGGCAGAAGAUGACGACGAGGAGAACGAAGACGCGAACGCUGUCUCCACUUUGGUUGUCAACACUUCCAUCGAUGAAAGCGUGAAGUAUUCAUCAGACAAAAAGAUUGAGGACGUAGAGCCGGAGCAGUUAGCAAUGGCUAAUUAUCAAUACACUGGCGCUACGCUACAUAUCCACCCAUUCCUGUCCUCACUGGUCAACUACGCCCAACCCAUUAAGUUUCAAGGCUUUGACAUUUCAGAAGAAAAGAAUUAUCAUUUCCAUAUGUCAUCGUUUGCUGAGAACACGGCGUUGGGUUAUCUCAAGUCUCAGGCGAUUGAGUUCGUGAACUACAAUAAGAGGCAAUUGAGUCGAAUCUAUCCGAAGGGCACGAGAGCUGAUUCGAGUAACUUUUUGCCGCAAAUCUUCUGGAAUGCCGGCUGUCAGAUGGUUGCCCUCAACUUCCAGACAUCAGACCUACCGAUGCAACUAAAUCAGGGAAAGUUUGAAUACAACGGCGGCUGCGGUUAUCUCUUGAAACCCGAUUUCAUGCGAAGAAAGGACAGAGUCUUUGAUCCGUUCGCUGAGUCACCGGUCGAUGGAGUGAUUGCCGCCCAGUGUUCCGUACGAGUCAUCUCCGGACAGUUUUUAUCGGAUAAGAAAGUGGGCACUUAUGUAGAGGUAGACAUGUAUGGGUUACCAACCGAUACCAUUAGGAAAGAAUUCCGCACUCGAAUGGUUCCCUCCAAUGGACUGAAUCCAGUCUAUAAUGAAGAGCCCUUUAUAUUCAGGAAAGUAGUUUUGCCCGAUUUGGCGGUCAUUCGUAUUGCCGUUUACGAUGAAAACGGGAAAAUGUUGGGCCAAAGGAUACUGCCUUUAGAUGGCCUACAGGCCGGGUAUCGACACAUUUCACUGCGAACUGAGGGAAAUUUUCCGAUGUCUUUACCUAUGCUUUUCAUUUGCAUUGAACUUAAAAUCUAUGUCCCGGACGGCUUGGGAGACCUGAUGGAUGCUCUCUCAGAUCCCAGAGCUUUCCUAUCAGCACAAGAGAAACGAAUCGCACAAAUGAAAGCAAUGGGUAUCGAGGAAACAGACAUUCAGAUCCAAACCCAUAACUUAGCACUUGUUAAACAACAGCGCGAAGAGGAGGCCAAGAAAGAGGACUAUAAGAUCGAAGCCAUUAAUUUAGAGACACUUAAGAAUGAGAAACUGUUCAUCAGAUCCGUUAGAAAACAUCAGAAGGAGUUCGAGGCCAUGAAGAAGAGGCAGCAAAAAGAGAAGAACUGCACUCAAAAGCAACAGUGCGUUGCCAUCGAUAAAGUCAUGAAACUCACCAAAUCUGAUGACAUCGCCAACGACCCAAAUGUGAAGGAAUUAGUGGCACAUCAGAUGAAACAGUGGAGUGAUAUGAUUGAGAGACACCAUAGAGAGGAAUGGGACCUUUUAAAGAGUCAAAUCUUACAACAGGGCGACACUCUUAGGAAACUUUUAGAUCUCAAUCAAAACUUUCAAUUAAAACAAUUGGAAAUUGUUUUUGAAAGAGAGAGCAAAGAGAUGAAGACAAGACAGGCGAAGGUGUCGGUCGAGACGGCCAAAGAGGUGUCUAAUGAUAAGACUUUGAGAAAUAAAGCGGAACGGGAGAGACGACUGCGCGAAAAGAAUAGCAAUAAUACCAAAAAAUUUAUCGAAGAGAGAAAAACUGCUGCAAUGAAGCAAAACAAGGAAAAGGAAAAACUUAAGAAAUCACACGAAAAGCAAAUUCAAGACUUGGAAAGAGAAACAGAAAAUGCACUGGAUAUCUAUAAAAAUGCUGAAAUCGAGUACAAAUUGGCCGCAAAAAUGGAAUAUGAGUCGAGCUCUGCCCACAAAGCAAACAAACUCGGCUUAAACAGCAACACCAUUACCUCAAGUCUUAGAAUA